GCGCCGAUCGAGAUAAACUAAUUACAGUUGUUUAUCAAUAAAACAGCUUUAAAUAAAUUAUCUCUAGGUCAAAAAUAAACUUAAUCGGAAUCCCUGUAAUUGUAGCUAAGUGUUCUUCUUUUGUGUGAAAAUUAAAACAGUGUGGGUACAUUGAUGUUAAAAUCAGUUAUUAAUUAACCAUGGGACUUAAUUAGAGAACGAAGAAAGCAUGAUGGUGAUGACUAAGGGUUUAUUAUUUGCUAUUUUGCAAACAAUCUAAGACUACUUCUAACACUGAAAAACGGUCAACAAAAGAUCGGAACUCGCCCAAACAAUAACAAAAGACUAUUAACAAUGAAAUUGCUAUCAUAUUAAUGUACCAGAACUAUAGUGUUGUGAUAUCGAGGAUUUUAAACUAUGAAAAUGUUGUGGUUUUGCCUGCUACUGGGCAUGGCGACCGCCCAGAAUAUAACUACUAAGAAAAUCGGAAAUAUUAUAGGCAACCCAUGCACGGACAAGAACCACCUUUUCCUAGCGCCAGGGGUGCUGACAGCAGGCAGUAUGAACCGCGCCUGCGUCUCCAGGUUCUACACUGACGGACCAGCUCACCUCAUGCUCUCACUCCUUACUGAGGAUCGGCAGACGAUAUUCGCUUCGAGAGAACUGGGUGCAGGUGAUGGUGGCUGCCUGGAUAUCAAUGCACCUCUGCUGCCGAACUCCAAAGCUGAUUUACUCGUCACUGUCAGGUACCCAGAAGCCCAGUGCGUGUGGGAGCGCCGGGUCCCGCUGCGUAUAUCGAGCGGGCGCGUGGUGGUGCUGUCCACGGAGCGCGCGCGCUACAAGCCGGGGGAACUCGUGCGCAUGCGAGUGCUCGCGCUCAGGCAGGACCUGGCGCCUUCACAUGGCGUGAUAGAAGAGAUAUGGCUGGAAGGACCUCGCGGCGCGUGGGAAGGGUCGCGCGUGACGCAGUGGCAACGCGUGCGCACUCGGCUCGGGCUCGCUCAACUGCAGUACCAGUUGGAUGACCUCGUGCCUUCGGGGAAGUGGACUCUAAGGGCUAGGCUUGGAGAUGGCUCUCAGGGUUCAUCAGUGUUUUGGGUGGGUAACUACGAGCUGCCUCCCUUCCAGCUGAGCGUCAGACAUGCUCCUAAAGUGUUGCGAACCAGCGAGCGUCUUGUGUGGACUGUCUGUGUCAGAUACCCCUGGUCAGAAGCAGUAGAAGGCAUGCUGGUCAUACGUCUCCGCGGCGCGGGCGGCGGCAGUGGCGGCAUACGUACUGCCGUGCAGCUGCGAGCACCCAAGGCUUGUCACAGACAUGCGGCAGCUGCCAAACGUGUGGGGCUGGACGGCACUGAUCCUCCCGAUGUUGUGGUAGCUGACUUCUCUUUUCAGGAGGAAGGCACCAGGAUUUGGCAGAAUACGACAGUGGUGUCACAAGUGGUGGACAAGGCUAUUACUUUGGAGUUCCUCACGAAGCAUCGAGCAGUCAUAGCUCCUGGGUUGCCGUACAAAUUGAAGGUUAAAGCCACUCGCUGGGAUGACAAGCCAGCUCCAAACGAGAUGGUCCGAGUAUGUCGCUACCCCACACAUCUGGGUGAUACAACACAAACGAAGGAUGGCAACACUAUGUGUGCUGAGGGCGCCACUGAUGCCAGUGGUGUUGCCAGGCUGCUGUUCGCUGCAGGAGAUGAUGCGGCGCCUUUGUAUAAGUUUGAGGCCCAACUAUCAAACGACACUACAAUAUCAGCAGUCCCCCUCACUCUACCAGUGCGUCACUCGUCGUCAGUGCACGCGGCGCUCGGCCCUCUGAAGGCAGAGUCCCGGCAGGCGAGGACGUUUGUACCUCUGUAUCUGCAUACUAACAGUACUGCGAAGCCGUAUACUGUGCAUUUUGUGGUGAUAACCCGAGGAGGCAUAAUAUACCGCUGGGGAGCCACCACACAAUGUCCGACCUCCACCUCAACAGACCAGGUGCACACCGCGCCACGGAACUCCAAGUGCAACAAUCUUCGAGUCGUCAUGGCACAACGGCAACCCCCAACUAAAAGGACUGUCAGACAAGUCACUAACAAUACUGACAGUGGCAAUGCUUCGAGUGCCUCAGGCCAGCACGACGUUCUCAUGGCACAAAGAGUUACCUCCAACGUUUCUGUUGAUGUAUCUGAUGCGCUUUUGGAAAGGCAUCUGUUGAGGAUCAUGUUGCCGAUAAAGGUCUCCCAUCAGAUGUGUCCGGAUAGUCAUCUGAUUGCGUACUUUUAUCAUGAAGGGGAGUUGGUUAGUGCGAGCAAGCAUUUCGAGAUGGAAGAGUGUUUUGGUAAUAAGGUGGAAGCAACCUGGCUAACCCGUCAAGCCCAGCCAGGGUCCACGGUCUCUCUUCAUAUCUCGACUCCUGGGCCAGCACUAUGUGGUCUCUCAGUGCUGGACACUGCAGCCAAGUGGGCGCAGCCACCUCACUCCCCUAAGGAACAGCUCAUGUCAGGGUUACGGAGACUGAUUGAUAGCCACAGGAAUCUGACGGAGUAUGAUGCUGCUGGGGUCUGCUUUUUGAAUAACGACAGCCCAGAGAUCCCUUCUUCAAGCAUAGAGCUGACAGCAUCGUGGAUGGCUGCAGCCGGAGUCAGGCUGAUCGGAGGGGACCCUCACGUCGGCAAGCAUUGCACGCCUCAUGCACCUGCCUUGCUCGUGGUCGAGGAAACUAAUGUGCCUAGGAGUGACUUCUCUGAGGCGUGGCUGUGGCGCCUGAUAGGCGUGGGCAGUAACGGCACGGCGGUGGCGAGUGCGCGGGCGCCGGACUCCAUCACGCGGUUCGACGCGGCCGCUGUCUGUGUGUCGAGGAGUGGAGUCGCUAUGUCUAGUCCUGCUGUGUUGCAGGUGUUCCGCGAAUUCUUCAUCCACGCGGACAGUCCGAGGCGGCUCCGCAGAGGAGACAGCACCAUCAUACGCUACAGGAUCUUCAACUACCUGUACCAACCGCUCAGUGUCCAAAUCCAAAUCCUCACAGAUCCCCACGUGGAAGGUCCCAAAGAGCUGGUAGAGUCAGCCUGCGUGCAAGCUCGGGCAUCCAUAGCGCGACGGUUCGAAGUAAAGGCACGAGUCGCCGCGCCCGCUCGCGUCAGCAUCAGGGCUAAGGCUGUCAGUGACGGCAACUGCGGGAAUAUUACCAGCGGGAAUACUGGUGUCAGUGACGAAGUGAUCAUCCGCAUCACCGUUGAUCCAGAAGGUAUUCCAAUCCGUGAACAGAAGUCUACACUACUCUGCGGAAACAACAGCAAAGAGUUGGGCAAUUCAGAAGUUUUGUGGGACUGGCCGCCGGUGAAAACUGUACCUGGUACUGAAACCCUCACCGUGUGGGCAGUUGGAGAUGUCACUGGACCUUUGUUAGCUGAUGCAGACUCUCUACUCCUACUACCUCGAGGAUGUGGAGAACAGAACAUGGCACAGCUGGCCACCAACCUGCUGGCGUUACAUCAGUUGGAACCCACUUCUAUAGCCGCGCUCAGUGCUAAGGAAUAUGUGGCUAGAGGGUUCACUCGUCAGCUACAAUACGUGCACCCGUCAGGCGGGUUCAGUGCGUUUGGUCCGUCGGACGCAACUUCCUCCACCUGGCUCACUGCCUUCGUUAUCAAACAUUUGAGGAAGGCGCAUAAACUCUUAUGGCCAAAUCUCCAAGUGCCGCCCGCUAUCAUCCGCGCGGAACGAUGGUUGCUCAACCAGCAGAUGGAGAACGGCUGCUUCAGGAGUGAGGGACAGGUGUUCCAUAGAGAGCUCAGAGGUGGGCUGAACGACGACGGCGAGAUCGCAAGCGUCGCCCUCACAGCAUACGUGAUCACUUCCCUCAUCGAAAGCUCUUCCCCCUUCCCUCUCCGCGUCAUCCGCAACACCCUCUCCUGUCUCCGAGCCUUCCCCCCCUUGAAGACCAACCCUCCCUCUUUGAAAACCAGGGUUUAUGCCCUCUCUUUACUAGCUUAUGCUUACGUGAAGUUGGAGCGUUAUGAAGAGGAGAUAAAGGCUGCCAAUGAGGCCUCUUUGAGGAGGAGUGCGGGAAAGUUGGAGGAAGAUGAGAAGGACAAGCAGGUGCUUGGGUUGCUGAAGUUGGCGCAGAGGAAUGGGGAUUAUGUCUGGUGGGAGGCUAGCAGCCUAUCAACCUCAAUAGAAGCGACCUCAUACGCGUUACUAGCGCUCCUGUCAGCGCACGGCGUGGCGGGCGCGGCGGGCGCGGCGGGCGCGGCGGGCGCGGCGGGCGCGGCGGGCGCGGCGGGCGCGGCCGCGGGCGCCGCGCGGUGGCUCAACGCGCAUAGGAGUAGCACUGGCGGGUUUAUUUCUACACAGGACACUCUAGUAGCCCUAGAAGCGCUAACAGCUUGGUCUUCCCGAGCCCCGCACACACAUCUCAACGUGACAGCUCAAUGCAGUAACAUGAAACACAAGGUCACUCUGCAUCCAGGACACAACAUGCCUGAUAUCAUGAAGCUCAAGCCUGGGGAACGACUUAGUGUAGCCGUUGAAGGUUCUGGCUGCGCCCUCAUCCAAGCGACUCGUGCAUACAACGUGCUGUCGCCCGACUCCACUCCGCGUGACAAACAUCUGUCAGUUCACGUCUCCGUGCACACAGACGGACCUUUCGACUGCGAGAAUAACGGCACCAGCUGUUUCUGUGCGGCUGUUAUUGAGGCAUGUGUGGUGUGGACGGGCAAUUUCCCCGAGAUGGCGCUGCUGGAGGUGACGCUGCCAGGCGGCUUCGGCGCAGACGCACAGCUACUCUACUCACAACUGCAUAAGCCUAGCACAUUACUACGCCGCAUUGAGCUGACCCCUUCUAGUUCACGAGCUACCUUCUACCUCGGCACGAGAGACGGAUCAGAUAUAAUCGGUAACGUGGGACACCAGUGUUACAACAUCCACGCCACUGGUCCAAAGGUCAAAACUAGACCCGCAUAUGUAAGGGUCCAGGACUAUUAUGUGCCAAGCGUCAAUGAUACUCAGAUAUAUACCAUCCCCGAAGAAUGUCUAGCCCGAAUCGUCCACCAGUCCAAAGAUUACCGUUCAUCGGACAAUCUCUUCAGUAAAGCCAGAUCUGCAGACUCCGAUGACAUCGUCAUCACUCACGAGUUCUCUUUCGAAGACAUCCCUGAAGGUAUACCUCUUGAAGAUCCACUUAUAUACGAUCAUUUAACUGAGAACGAAAACUACAGAGUCGCUAACGAUGGUCACGAAGAUAUCGGAAGUUUAGAAAAACCUAAAAGGCCCAAAGUUGAAGACCAGACUGAACAUAUAAACAGUUCUUUUGAUGUCCCACCCGAUAAUGUUGUAGCGCCAGAAGCUAUUGGACCAAAUCAAAUCAUUUUCCAUAACGCUGAUUCUGGAUAUUUUAGUGAAAGCGACGCUCCAGUUAGUAUUGAAAAUACGGUAAGCAAAGGUAUGGAAAAGGAUGGUUCUACCAUGGUAUCUGACGGGUAUGUUACGGUCCAUGGUACUUUAGACCGUAGCCAUAUUGAUGGGAUUGUUCCUCAUGGUGAAGGAGUUAUCUCAAAUAAUAAUUUCGAUGGUAGCAUGAUUGAAAAUGUAAACAGUCCUUUUGAGCAAAGUAAUCCUGACUUAGCAAGUGUAUUUUUGAAAGAAGACACAGAAGGUAACCGCAGUACUUCCAAUGCAUAUGAGAAUUCUAAAGAUAAUGCACACUGGGCUGAUAAUGUAUUUGCAACAACAAACGAAGAAAUAGAUCAAAGUAUAUUGGCUAAAGGUGCACCAGGAACUGUCGUAGAAAAUGAUAGUAAAUUUGAAGACAUACCUGAUACUAAAGGGCACUCAGUUUCUGCAGAAAUUUCUAGGAUUAACACCAAUGCUUACCAAGGCUUGGCUAAUCGUCUUAAUAAUGAAGAUUUAAAAACGUUAAUGAGCCCAAGUUCUAUACACGAACAAGCUAACAUCAACGGCAUAUUUACUGAAAAAGCUAAGUUUAACUAUGACGAUUUAAAAAAUAAUCAUGAUUAUAACAACAUAGCUAUAGAAAGUCCAAUAGGUAUUGAUGAUAAAGAUGUAAACCUACACCAUUCUCCAAUUUUUGAUGAUGAAUUCACAGAGCAUAUAAAACAAGCUGCUAAACAUAACAAAGAUGAAGUGCACUUCGCUACAAGAAAUAAUAUCAUGCAUGAAAUAGAUUCUUUAAACACUGUUGCCCACAAACUUUUGAAUGCAACACAGAGGCAUGACGUUCAUCAUGUAGACUACAAGCAACUGUACAGUCCCGACGACGAUGAUAAAGUAUUGAAUAUAAACAAUAACCAAAAUACAAUCUACAGCAUUGACAAUUACAAUUAUUUUAGCGAACUGCCUAAAACUAAAGAAAAUGAUUUUAAAAGAUCUUCAAAUGAAAAUAGUAUUAUAAAACCUCCAGCUGAGAAAAUUAUAGCCAAACCGGGGCCAGACUUCACGCUUGGGAACAAAAAAGGCGUAGAAAACCCGAUUUUAUCUGAUUUCCAUAUCAUAGAUACAGAAAAAGAUUUAGAAGUGCCAACAGGGAUCGAAGGACCGAUUCCGGCGGCUGUCCUUCCGCCGCCUAACUUCGUGCCACCAAGUAAUGAUGAUCUGAAAAGGAAAGUAGAAUUCAAGCACAGCCCAUUCGGAGGAGCUCUACAACACAUGGAGGCUCCAGCUCCGAAGCAUAUCCCACCAUCAACAAUAAACGUUUCGAGAAGACAAAGAAUACCUCCUAAGUUGAAUACUUUCCGGAACGAAAGACCGAUGUAUGAUGGGCUUCCCCCAGUAAACAUUGCUCCCCCCAAUCAUCAUCUUAGAGGGAUGCCAGUUUCUUAUCCAGCUUUCCCAGUGAAUGUGGAGAGACGGAUAGAUAUCGUGCAACCACCCCCUAUAGUCCCUACGGGGGAUUUAAGAAAUUUCCAAAGCAUUAUCACCCCCAACGGACCAUAUUUCUACUUUAAAUCGGAAAAUCAUGCUUUAAAUAAAAGAUAUUUCAUACCCUCACGUUAGAUUGUACACUUUGUAAGAGUAGUUGGGUUUCUGCAUUUAUUUAGUGUAGUAUUAUUCUCUAUGUAGCUGGACUGAUAGAAAAAACUUCUCAAUAAUGCAAGCUAAUUCUAUUUAAUAAUUUAACUACACUAAUCGUUUUUGAAAAGACAAAAAAAAUACCUAUAAUUCUUGUCAAACAAAAUAAUGAUUUGAAAUUCUUUAGAAUAGUUUAAGAUUGGGAAACUGCCUCAUUGUCAAUGCCUGUCUGUCACAAUGUUUUAAUGUUUGUUUGAAUUAUCAGUAGAUAUUUUAGUAAUAUUAUUUUAAUACGAUUUUUUCACUUGUAAGACUGCACUUAAUUAACAUUUUGAAUGACAGUGAAUUUACAUAAUCCUUAGGUACUUAAACAUAGUUAUGUUUGUAGGCCAUAUAAUAUACUUAAAGCACAAAGAUCAUCAGUGUCACAAUAUGACAGAAAUUAUAAUUUGUAAUGUAUGGAAUAUUGACAUGGCAUAAGAUUGCAUUGUAUGCAAAAUAUGAGCGUUCGGCUAAACUUGACUUGCAAAAAUGUAUAACCCUUUUGGCAGUCGACUAAAAACGUGCGUCAAUGUUUUAAUUUGUACGCGUCUUGCAGUUUAGUUUUUAUAUUUUGUAACAUGACGUUGCCUGUCUGUUAUUUAAAAAAAACGGUGAUAAAUGCCGAUUUCUUAUCUAACUUAAAAUACUUUAUAUUUCUUAUUUUUGAACUUGUAAUCGGCCCUUAGCCAACAUAUGUGAAAUUACUGCGUCAAUUAAAAAAUCUAAUUGGUAUGUGCUCUCUAGCAAGUCAGCCACUGACUAGCCUGAUCCUAACUUAAGUAGUAAUUAAGUCAAAGAUUCUUACUGUAAGUAAAAACAAAAUGUAGGUGCUAUAGAUAUGUAUUACCUAAUUAUUCUCUGAACUUAAGAUUAAUCAAUGUAAAAAAUAUAUACGUGUGUUUGUGAUAAGACAAGAAGUCUUUGGGAGUACGAUAGAUUUGCUGGCAAAAUGUUAUUGAUAUUUAAGCAUAGUACCCGCCAAGUUUUUUGUCGUCAUGGAAUAUUGCGCGAGUCGCUGCGCAGAAAUCAUUUUAUAAUCUGCUACACACAAUUACUGCCUGCAGGCGGGUAACUUUAAAAUCGUAAAGUUAUUUGAAAGAAGCUUCAACUAUCCCGUAUGAAAAUAUGCAUUAUGUAAACUUAUUUAAUGUGACUAACUAUAAAGAUAGAUACUAUGGUUAUAUAAUGUAACUUCUCGAAUAAUUAAUUUCAUAAUUAUAUACCUACUAUGAUAAACAUAAUUAUUUAUUGUUCUUAAAUAUUAAAGUAGUCUGUCAUAUAAUUUUAGGCUGUGAAUAAACUAAAUGAAUGUGA